AUGGCGUCCAUGGAUCCUUCUGAGGCGGAGAUUGAUAUGGUGAUUGACUUUUGCGGUCUGACCAAACCAGAUCGCGACUUGGUUAUACAAGCCCUGAAGCUCAAUAACCGCGAUGCCCAAAAAGUUAUUGACCAGUUUUUUAAUGAUGGACGGGAAAAAUUUCGUUCAAGGUAUCAAAAGAUCUGGGACGACUCGGUAUUCAGUGCAGAUAGAGACGGCGGUACCAACAAUACUGGGAUUUCCUUUCACGUUGAAUCCUCUGAUCAUUCCGUUAUUCAAGGCGUAACUCCUCCGCCAGAGUCUCACAUAUAUGGUGCCCCCUCGAGACCUCCUUCCCGAUCAAACAAUCGAUCUCCCUUGGGUACGAUGGUGGACUGGACUGCGGCACAUGUGCCCGGUGUCCCAAACAGCCAGGCCCAGGAAGAUGACGACAUGAAACGAGCCCUUUUCGAGUCGGCGCAAGAAGCUGGCGUAUCAGUACCACAACAAGAAACCGGCCUUACAGGACCCUCGGAACCUGCGCCAAUCCAGUUUGGUCCAGCCAACCGCGAAUCCUACAAUACAGCAGACUGGGCAAUGGUCCCCACCGGCCCAGCCAACAAAGAGACUUCUGUGGAUGUGCCUCUAGCAUCAAAAAGAAAGCGGGAGCCGGGCGCUCCCGCAAUGUUGGUGGUGGGCAAUACGCAGAAUCAUGAUCACCGACUCGGCGGACUUGUCACGAUCAUGCAUGAAAUUCCCAUAGCGAGAAACGUCCUGCUCAAUAUCGGCGACUUGUCUGCAACAUACAACUACAACAAAAACUGGUGGAAAGGUGAAGAGAUCUUAUCGCCAGAGCUUUCGGCAAGGAUGCAGACAGACGGGAGCUUGAAUGAUUCUAAUGACGUUGGGUUUCAGGAGGAAAUUCACCGUCUAAUGGCAUUUCUGGACUCCACCGAGCGUGGGCAUGGCUCAAUAGUUGUGCUGGCGGAUUACAUGCAAUCCCAUGGUCCUGGCAGGGAGAAACUGUUUUACGAGAUGCUUGGCCAGAGGCACAUGGAAACAAUCCGACCGAUCAUGCAGGUGGCUUCUCUUGCAUUGUUCUAUGGCGACACGUUGGAAGAAGACGCCACUUUUGGUCUGCUCGAGAUAGAGCACACACGUGAUGAGUACAAGUGUAUCAAGACCUUAUAUGAGGCACUUGACCAUGUGAUGUGGAGCGAUACAUUAGGGUCCGAAACGAUUAACCAAGACUCCAAGGUGGCUUUUUUCAAGGAGAUGGGUGAAGUUUUGGUACUCGACAUCGCUGGCGACGGACCGAACGACCCAAUAGAAAUACCACAGGAAUUAUACCCAGAAAAAUACAUGAUGUCGCGGAAAGACGAAGCCCGCCGCAUCCAGUACGGUUGGCGCCAGACCAAAAAAGAAAUGGUACGCCUUGAAAAGGAAAAGGAACAACUUGAUCGCCUGGCCGAGACCUGGGUCAUCGACAAAGCCAAGACAAAAUCCGACCUCUUGAAAAGGUCAGCAGAGCAGUGGGAAGGUUAUAAGAGCUAUCUCGAUGGGCUUGGGAAGUUCCGAGCGUUGGAGAAGUCUGGAUUUGAUACAAACAAGUACCCCGACUAUCACCAGGCUGUUCCCGAUCGUGAUGACGUCGCGAAAGAACAGUACCAGACGGUUGAGGAGGUGAUUCAGUACUCGAAGAAGCUGCUUGAAAGUCUUGACAAGAGGAUGAAAGAUCUUGAUGCUGAAAUAGAACAGGUCGAGAGGAAGCAGAGAGCACUGGGACGGCUUCUGACUAUGCCAAACAAGCCAGGUCGUCUGGAGCCUAUGACCUGCAAAAAGUAUCUGCUGCGUGGAGUGGCCACAUCUCCUCAUAUAAUAUAUGUUUGUCGGCGUGAAGAAGAGGACUUGAUAGAAUUGGACGAAGAAGAGAGCAAGCCAACUGACCAAUGGUGGAGACUAGCUUAUACUCCUUAUGGGGAUGAAUCGGCCACCAGGGCAGAGAAGCUGGAUAUCGAGCAAGUGCUCAAGGAGAUGUGGAACGAUACCAAAAAGCCAUUGCUCGUAUAUGCCACCGAAGAGGCCCUCAAAGCUCCCAAGCAACGCCUUCCACCUCAGCUUGAGCGAUUUGUCAAGUUGGACAACAAAGCCUUUCGGCAAGAAUUGGCCGAGGAAGAGUCAAUGGCUGAGGUCAAGACAACACCGACCUUUGAUCCCAUCUCACCUUCUAAGAGAAAACACCGAGCCGACAGCGUUGGGUCAAUGGACAGCAACCGUGCAUCGAUUGGAAGCGAUGGUAGAAACGGAUGGGACAACCCGUUCGAGGAUCAGGAUGAUGGUAUAGUUACUGAGAUGAAGGACUAUGGCGAUUCGUCAGACUAUAUCCAUAGUUCAGAUCUUCUUGAUAACGACCCUCCCACGCUCCCAGCUCGACCUGAGACCUCGACCGCGUCCACGACAGAGCCACCGUCGGCUACCCUGACGCCUAACACAGUUGGCGCCGACUACACGGACAGCGCUCUGUCUGUGUCAGAGGAGCCUCGAAGUCCAGAAAUGCAAGAGAAGUCUAAGCUGCCCCCUUUCAUGUCGAUGUCGAGAACCCCAUCUGAAAGAAAAGAGUCGGCCAAUCUGAUAGACAUUGACAUGGACAUGUCAGAUGAGAAGCUCGAGACAUCCUGA